AUGCCAAAUUUUCCAAUGUCCAAAAUACAAUUAGAAAUAUUGCAUUAAACUAUGGUUUUAAGACCUGGGAUCUAAGGACGAGGACUAAUGUUGAAAACAGGUAACUUAUUCUGAAUUAUAUCAUGAGAUAAAUUAAAAUGAUUUAAUUGUGAAAGGUUAGAAGAAGAAUAUAGCAAAAAUAACAAUAAUAAAAAAUAUUUAAUAAAGCAAUAAUGCGCUUCAAACUAAUAGAUCUAAAAAUUAUCAAUUUGUUAAUUAGAAUUAAUUUUUCUAGAAAAAUUUGAGAAGCCUAAGAACUUUGACAAGUUGUAAUUGAUAAAAGCACAAAGAACAUAUUCGCUUAAGCCAUUUCUAGAGAAAGGGGUUAAUUGCUGGGAAAAUAAAUCAAAGUUAUUUUCCCUGUUGUAGAAAUAGACUUAAGUAGUCCAAAGGAAUGGCAUAAUUGAUGGAGCUUAUCAAUAUUGA